UAAAAAAAAAAAAAGGAAAACAAAACGCAAGAAGCUCCUCGAAGAGUUCUCCGGCGACUUCUGAAAAAAAAACGUCUCCGAUGAGGUCUUCUUCAUGUGCUCAAAACGGGAUGAGAGAGAGCAACGGUUUUCCACAAGUUCUUGAAGUUGCUCCGUUGAACAGUCUGCCUUACGUCGGUCCAUUAAAUGGCAAUUCAUCCAUGUCUGGUAACAAGGCCAACGAGACUUCAGAGAAAACAGGACCUCCAGCAAUGAUAUUUCUACCUUCUGAAUCAGCUCCAGAGUUUUAUAGCCUUAUCUCUCAGUCAAAAACCGGAGUUGCCCUCACGGGAAGUGCAGCCAUGGGAAAGAUCGGACCAACUAUUGGUUUGGUGGAUAUUGCUGAAUCCGAUGACUCUUACUAUUUUCGUGUUUCCCUCCCUGGUGUUUCAAGAGAUGAAAAGGAGUUCAGCUGCGAAAUAGAACCAGACGGUAAGAUUCUGAUCAAAGGAGCAACAACGACGGGAGAGAAGACAGUGUGCAAACACAAUCAGGUGUUCAAGAUGCUAUCACAAAACUUAUGCCCUCCAGGCCACUUCACCAUCUCUUUCCAGCUUCCGGGUCCCGUGAGCAACGAAGAUUUCAGCGGUAAUUUUGGUGCAGAUGGUGUUCUUGAGGGAGUAGUGAAGAAGCUCUACUACGAAGACUGAAAAACAUCCAAGUAUUGCUAUUAGGAAGAUGGUUGAUUAGUGUAUGCCUGACCGAUUCUGCACCGCAGGUCAUAGAAUUUGUGCCUAAAAGGUCAUUUUACUCUUCGAAGUGUGUUGAAUCGUUGUCUAGAGACAAAUAUUUGUUAGUACGCCUACUUCUCUACAAACAACUCUUAGGUAUUUUGUGUCUUUGAACUUGUUGACUUGUCGUGUUCAAGUAAGUGGUUGGUUAAAUACUCUUAUAUGGUUGGUUUUAA